GGGUGCUGAGCGCUCACAGGAAAAACAGAGCAACACUUACAGUACAUAGGUGAGAAGAUCGAUGGCAAACGGCAAGUAGAUUGUAGCGUUACAGCUUGACGAAUUUGCCAAACAACGGCGUCAUGUCCCGGCGCUAAAUCGGUGGAUUUGCGAGGCAGAAACAGCAGCAGCAAAUUUACGUUUACGUUUAACAGUAAGUCUCUCCCAGACGACACUGAGCAUGACAGUGAGCAAGACGCUCUGAGGUUGGGGAGAGCGGCAUAAAAGGACCAUGCCUGCGCCAUAUCGAGGGAGAGAGCCAGAGAUCUAGAGUGCCGCUGAGGAGUUGAUGUGUUAAUGUGAAGCUAAAGAGUUAAUGUAAAGCUAAUGAGAUAUUGUGAAGCUACUGAGUUAUUUUGAAGCAGAAAGCUCAGACUUCGGGCGAUCCUCAGCCUCCUCAGCCAGGAGAAAGCCCCGGCUGCGACCCCAGACAACACUAGUCCCUUGCACCCACCCUCACUCAUGAAGAUGGGUGCGGAAGAUGACCCCGAAGCCUUCCUCGACCUGUUCGAGCGGACCGCCGAGAUCUGGCAUUGGCCGCGUGCUCAGUGGGCGGCCCGGCUUAUCCUUUUGUUGUCCGGGGAGGCCCAGCUCGCAUCUCAACAACUGCCGGCAGCUAGUCUCCUGGCCUAUGACAUCUUGAAGAAAGCCAUCCUGCAGCGGGUUGGCCGGAGCCCAGAACAACACCGCCAUCUCUUCCGGUCGAUGGAGUUGGAGAGGACUGGCCACCCGUUUGCCUUCUCUCAAUGUCUCCAUGACUCCUGCCGGAAAUGGCUACUGGCGGGGGACCGCGACGUCGAGGGAGUGGUUGACCAAGUGGUGCUGGAACAGCUGAUCUGCCGGCUUCCAGAAGGGAUGUCGCUUCCUCCAGCGUUACUGGAGUUGGAUGAAGUUGUAAAAUUGGCUAUAACUUCACACAGAAAAUGUAAGCAAUUUUAUCAUACAAAAAUCAUGUUAACACACAUAUUAUUUACGUCUUUUAGCUAUACUUUUGAAACAGUGAGUAUUUUAACGGUUACAGAUUGGCCCCUUCACUUCCAUUUUAUGCAUCUCACUGGAACCCAGUGUAGGAGUUUUAGGAGUGGGUGGCAAGACGGAAGCGGGAGACGGUGUCGCAGACCAUGUGUGUAUUAUUUAUUCUCAAGGCUUCACUCAAAAUAUGCUUUCGAGCAAAAACUUCAAUUUACACACACAGCUUCAAUGAUAACAGUCAACAUAAACUCAAUUUUAUUAUUUAAACAACUUUUCAGUGUACAGCUUCAGUUUGUGUGUGUGUGUGUGCGCACGUCUCAGACUCUCUCUCCCGGUCUUCUUUACUGUUUUAUGGCAGUUGGCAAACCAGCAAUUGGUGCAUUUUCUGCCACCUACUGGUAUGGAGUGUGGAGCAUUGAUGUUAUGGUAAAAAUAAAUAAAUAAAUAAAUAAAUAAAUAAACAUAUUCUUAAAUCCUGUUUUUCAAAUGUAUGUCCUUCAAAUAUAUUAGUAAAAAUGUAUAUACUCUUCCAUCCUUAUUUAGUAGGAUUUUCAGUGAAAGCUGAGUAAUAUCUAUAGAUUUCAUUGCUUCUAUAAGCUGUGAUCUUUCAUUCUUAUAUGACAAACAUUUUAUUAGGACAUGUUCAACUGUUUCAGGAAGACCACAUCUUAUGCAACGACUGGAUUCAUGUUUGCCAAUACUGAAAAGUGAUUGAUUUAAUGAGGAAUGCCCAAUUCGGAGUCUAAAUAUUAUUGUAUCGUCUCUCCUGUUUCCAUAACUAUUCUUCUCAGCUCCAACAGCUCUUUGGAUAUUAUAGAAAUAUCCAGAUGUAUCUCUCAAUUCCAUUGACCUUGUCACAUUCUUAUUACAGCUGUUUUGAUUAUUCCUUUUACUUCCAUUUUGCUCAACGAUACACUAAAGUCUAUAUCAUGAUGUCUUACAGCUUGUUUAGCUAUCUGAUCAACUUUCUCAUUUCCUUCUACCCCAUGUGAGCAGGUAUCCAUAAAAAGGAAAUGACUGUUCUUAACUGAUGUAUCCUAUACAGACUUUUAAGUAUAUCUAAUAAAAUAUCCUGCCUUGUAGAUGAUUUCCCACUUUUUAAACUUGAUAGAGCUGAGUAUGGGUCAGAACAUACCACCACUUCAGCUGGAUGGACCUCUUCAACCCAAUGAAGAGCCAUUAUGAUAGCAAGCAUUUCCGUAGUGUAAACGGAUAGAUGAUUUGAUGUCCUUUUUGCUAUUUUGUACUUAAAAUAUGGUAUGUACACUACUGCGGCUGUAUUGCCUGAAUCAGGAUCUUUAGAUCCAUCUGUGUAUAUCUGAAUUGUUGAGAAAAAUUUCUGGUCCAAAUACUGAUGCACUAUUGUGUCUUUUGAAACUCGUCUGUUUUUUUAUUUAUUCUGUCUAGCACCUGAAAGUCAAUUGUUGGCAUUAGGAAAACCCAUUGAGGUGUUACUGACAUGACAAUAGUUGGGCUAACUGAUAUUACUUAUUCCUAUUUGUUCAGCCUCCUUAUUUGCUUUGCAUCCAAAGCUAUUCAGGUUCAUAUACUCCUAUUCCCAACAGUUCUCAAUAACUCUUUUGACUGGAUGUGAUUCUAACUGUCCUUUUAUAGAUAUCCAAUAUGCCAUUUCCAGCUUGAUUCUUCGAAUUUUCAAUGGCAUCUCACCCAUUUCCACUUGUAUUGCUGAUAUUGGGGAUGUUUUAAAUGCACCACAGCAAAUUCUCAAUGCUUGGGAUUGUAUAACAUUUACCUUAUUAAUCAAUUAUUUGCAUGUUGAGCCAUACACCAUACUUUCAUAAUCUAUUUUAGACCUUAUUAUUGCGCAAUACACUCUUUUUAGAGACUGCCGAUCUGCGCCCCAGUCUAUCCCUGCCAAACAUCUUAACACAUUUAUACCUUACUUGCUUUUGUCUAUUAUUCUUUGGAUGU